GCUUUUGACAACACUCGCAAGUUGCACCUGGGUCUCGGUAGCACGGUACACUUCGGCGCAUCGCUCCCAGCGAUUGCAAAGUCGACGCCGAUCUUCGAAAGAUGGGUUGUUGUGCCUCCUCCUCCUCGGAGGUCCCGGUGCCGAAGCCUCGACGACGAUUGAGCGUGGGCCAGGUGGAUGAAACCGAUCUUCCCGGGCACGAGGACGCCGAGUCUGAGAAAGAUCGUGGGCUGAUAGCUCAGUUCAGCCAGAAUAAUCUCAUUGAGAUGAUCGAAGAUGCUGACGCGAGCGGCAAGAGUGCAAAUGGCCGGCGGGUCAGCCUGAGCUCCAAAACGGAUAAGGGUACCACAUCAUUCGCCAACAAGACCAUGCAGAAGUUUGGAGACACGGACGUGGACGUGACCAAGGUCGGUAUUGGCUUUACGUGCAGAAAGGGGCUGAAGCCGGAAAGCCCCAACCAGGACUCUUGGUUCGUACUGAAGAUGGACACCUUUUCGCUCUACGGCGUUUUUGACGGGCACGGGCAGAAGGGCCACGAUGUCUCCAACUUCGCGAUGGACAUGCUGCCAAAGUGCAUCAUCAAGGACGAGCGAUGUUUCACCAGCAGGGACUGGGGCCCCAUCUUGGUGGAGGCUUUCAAGAAGACGCAGAACUUCAUCAUGGUGUCUGACAAGACCAAGACGCUCCAAGCCCAGAUGUCCGGCACAACCGCCACUGUCGCCAUCCACGACCACUCGGACAACUCGGUGACCAUCGGCCACGUGGCGGACUCCACCGCUUGCCUGGGCACCAAGGUUGGCUCCUCCUGGCAGGGGGUGGCCCUGACCAGAGAUCAUAAGCCGAACCUCAAGGAUGAAAAGGCGCGCAUCGAAAAAGCCGGCGGGCGUGUGGUUUUUGACGGCUAUGCCAACUACCGGGUCUACGCCAAGAACGCGCGGUAUCCAGGCCUCAAUAUGUCCCGCUGCUUGGGGGACCUGCUUGGACACUCGGACUGCGGCAUGUCUUGUGAGCCGGAGAUCAACAAAAUUCACUUCGAGAAGGACAAGCAGUACAUCCUCUUGGUUUGCAGCGACGGCGUUUGGGAAUUCAUCUCAGCGCAAGAAGCCGUGGAUACCGUCAGCAAGUUUGAGCCCGGGCAAGCGUGCAAGGCUGCAGACGACCUCGCGAAGGAAGCUUGGGACCGGUGGAUUCGCGAGGAGGGCGGCAGCGUAGUGGACGACAUCACGGUGGUCUUGCUCUAUAUGGGCUGGAACUGAGCUUCUCUCAACCAACCCCGCGUCAGACGUCUGACGCGGGGCGCCUUGACAAAGGGCCGACCACCGUUCCCGCUGUUUGCGACGUGGCUCGUGGAUCGGACCCCCCAAGAGACAUCCGCGCUCAUGGCUCGCUGCACACGCAAAGCUUCCUUUGUCA